GGAGGGAGGCUCGGACCGCGGCGCCGGCGGCUGGGGGCCUUCCUAUGCGAGCGCGGCGGACCCGCCCGCACCCCCUCGCGCUUUGCCUCUGCCUCAGCCUGUGCCUGGCCGCGGCGCGGGGAGCCGCACAGUCGGCUCUUGCUCCUGUUCUUUGCCUCUCGUUUUGUUGGUGAAGAUAUCACAGUGAUGUCUGCAUUCAACCUGCUGCAUUUGGUGACAAAGAGCCAGCCAGUAGCCCUACGAGCCUGUGGGCUUCCCUCAGGGUCAUGUAGGGAUAAAAAGAACUGUAAGGUGGUCUUUUCUCAGCAGGAACUGAGGAAGCGGCUAACACCCCUGCAGUACCAUGUCACUCAGGAGAAAGGGACUGAAAGUGCCUUUGAAGGAGAGUACAUACAUCACAAAGAUCCUGGAAUAUAUAAUUGUGUUGUUUGUGGAACUCCACUGUUCAAGUCAGAAACCAAAUUUGACUCCGGUUCAGGUUGGCCCUCGUUCCACGAUGUGAUCAGUUCUGAGGCAAUCACAUUUACAGAUGACUUUUCCUAUGGGAUGCACAGGGUGGAAACGAGCUGCUCUCAGUGCGGUGCUCAUCUUGGGCACAUUUUUGAUGAUGGACCUCGCCCAUCCGGCAAAAGAUACUGCAUAAAUUCGGCUUCCUUGUCUUUCACACCUGCAGACAGCAGCGGCGCGGAAGGAGACAACAGGGUCAGCAGCCCUGCCCAGGCAGACAAAACCGAGCUGUAGAGUCACGGAGAGUGGUGGAAACAAAGUGUACUUAAGGCACAGCUUAUUAAAAAUAUCAAAAUGUUUAUCUUCAUAGAUAUAUUUUUUCAAAAACUGCAAGGAAAGUUUUGAGCUAUGAUGUGUUUUCUUCUGCUUAAACAGAGGCUCUGCCCAUUUAUGUACUUUGCUAUUGACUAGAUCCAGAACUGUGUGUAGCUUUUGCAAAUGGAGAUAGCUGUGUGAAACUGGCAUUAUUUUCUUUGAGCACACACCUUCUGUUGAGUUUUGUUGUUGUUUUCCCCCUUAAUUAAAAAGUAGAAAGCACCCGAUCUUUGGAUGUAACGAUUGAGAUUUGCUCAGCAUGGAGACCAGAGCUGGGCAGUACAGGACAUUGACACAGGGCCUUACGGCAUUACACAAAUCUACCUUAGAUAAGGACCGAGGUCUUAGGAGACUUCUCAGCUUUGUGGAAAGUUUGAGCUAAGGUUGUUUUUUUUCUGGUGAGAGGGUGUGAAUGUCUAAAGUCUUUCCUUAUGUUAGAUUGUUGCCAGAUCUGAGGGAGUGCACUGAGUGUUGUGGCAGAGAAAUAAACAUUACCUCACGAUUAGACCCUGAUUUUAUUUUAUUUUCCAUUGAAAACAUUGGAAUGUAAGACAACUGUAAAAUUUUGAGCUUCAUUUUGUCUAAAAUUCACAAAGAGCAACACGUGCCCAUUGCCUUUUUAUAAGACCUUCUCUUGACACCUAAUACCAGCUAAAAAUAGAAGGGCAUUUGAGCAAAUUCCUCUGCAUAAAAUAAAAUACUGGGGACAACACACUUCAUCAAGACACCAGAAGUUAGAAGAGAAAGUGGAGAAGACCGAGGAUGAAGUCUUGAGUACUAAAACUCCAGUGCUGGAAAGAAAAGCUGACAGGACACUGCAAGUAACAGAGCCCAAAGCAGAGAUCUUAAUGGAGUUUUAGGUGACCUCUGGAAAGGCGUUGAGUAUUAAUACAAAAAUAACCCUGCCUGUCUUCUACACUUAACACUAAUGUGUGACAAAGGACAAGGGAUGUAGCCUCUUUGUGCCUAUUUUUUCAUGUUAAACUGGGACUUACAAUAUUUGCAAAAUGUAUUGACACUCUCAGGGCAAACUUAAUAUAUCGCUACACAAUUAAGAUCAGUGUUAUAAACUUAAACUGAUCUGGUUUUAAUUGCUGCAAAGGCCAAGGCUUAGGCAUUUGAAGUGGAAAGAAACAGGUUGACUUAGCUGAUUGGUAUGGAAACAGUUGGGCCAAGAGCCAGCACUUUUUCUUUGCAGCAGUAUUGCUGGUUUUACUUUGAGAAGCUUUGUUCAGCUGCUUUAUAACUUUUAGUCUGGUAGAAUGGGUGUCAAUAUAGGCUUUUAUAGGUAUGAACAAUGGUGAUGUGAUACAAACUGAUACGGUUGUAGCCAGAUGUGAAGGCAUGGUUUGUGGCUGAUCCAUAUUGUAUUUGUAAUUUUGAAUGCUAAUCUUGAAAUUAAAUUUUUUUUAAAUUCUAUUUUUCUAAAUCCUUGAUAGUUUAUGAAGACUGAAAUCUUUACUUGUAAAACACCAAGGAAAAAUUAAGAAAGAAGAACAUUUGGUAACUACAAAGUCACAAUGGGAAAUGAGAGUGAAAGGUGUGACAAAGCAAAAUGGGAGAGUGGCCAGCCGACCUGAUUCAUCCCUCUUCAGACACCUCGAGGACACUCUGACAUCUAAUAACUCUGCACUGUUAUCUGUGCUGCAGCUUUGAAAUCCCAGAGGAAUCCCUUCUUACUUGGAUGCUCCCUCAGCUGCAGAUGGUUCACCCAGAUCCUAGGGUCACCUUGGAAUUCACAGGCUUCAUUCCCUUUAGAAAUAAGGUGUCAGAUUUAAGACCAGACUGGCCAUCAGCAUCCAGACUGUCCUAAAAGUCGGUGCCAACUUCACAGAGCUGUAUACAGCACUUCUCAGCCACUCCGACUGCGCAUGGUAGCUUCCCUUACGCAUUGGAUAUAAGCCACAGUGUUGAGGUAGAUGAGAGGGACAAAUGAAGGGCGGCUUCUCACUUCCCAGAGGUUCUGUAUCGUCAUUGUUCCUGCAUUGUUAUAGUAGGAUUUAGAAAUUCCCUAAAAAUUUCUUUUAAAAAAGUGAAAAUCUCCCUCCCUUUCUAAACUUCAGUUGAGUUUUCAAGGCAAGCCAAUUUUUUCCAGCGCCAACUUUAAGAAAAAUGCAACAUUCAUCAAAUGAAGUAGGGUAUAUGCAUGUGGUUGAAUUCUAGAUUACAUUUGGGUUUAAGUGGUAUCAAAUUUCAGUAUAUUUCUGUCUUAUGUUAAAGAAAUAUAUUACUAAAACAUCAGUGAGCAAUAAUGUCAGCUGUCGAGCACUAGAUUUAUUUUUGCAGGAUAUGGAGUGCAAUGAACUGAUUCAAUAUGGUGAGGUGUAUGUGAUCUGUGGGAGUUAUGCCAUUUAACAUGGGAAAUGCAUGGGACUUUCCCUCUGCAUUCCAGCAUUACUGUACCAUUGGAAGACAUGGAAUUUUACUGUUAUACAAAAAUGCAUCCGUAUAGCCACACAGAAUGGAUCUGAAGAAUGCAGCAGUAUCUAUCAUAGUAAAGAGCGUUUCUAUCUAUUUAUACUUUUCACUUCUUAGAUACAUUUAAAUUCUUAAUGAAAACAAUAUAGCGGUUUAAAAGCCUCUCCAUGUUAAUUGUGUUUAAAAUGUCUUGCUUUCAAUAUGAAAAAUGAUGAAAAUGAUUAUCACUUAAUUCAAAGUCAAAUGUUAUUCUUGACUUAGACAGCUUUGUAAUAAUUUUUCUCCAGAGUUGAAUACUUUUGAAAAGUGACAGGAAAAUUUCAUUAAGAAUUCUUUUCUUAUGUUUGUUGAAUACAAAAAUUAUAUAAUAAAAUUUCUUUAUAAAUUUUCUUUCUCUUUGAUUCCUAAGGACUCCUAUUUUUUCUGACACAGUUGCAUGGAUUAUCAGAAUGCUCUGUUUAUCUCUUUACCAAGCUGCUGGGUGUGUUUGUAUAGAGACAAACCUUUUCUCUCAGGUAGCCUUUGGAAGUUGGGGCUCUGACAAUAAGGUUAAGUUUUACUCUCUAUGACCCAGGCCAUAGGAAAAGGCUCUAGGGGCCUACAGGGGUGGGGGAAAUGGAAACAUUUGUAGAAUCACUCAACUUCACCUCACCUCAGCAAAAUCUUCAACAGCUUGUGUAUGUUAUUGUGCUUAAAAUUUGGUCCUUGGGGAGUUUUAUCAUGAUCACUCUGUGGGUAAAAACGUAAGAACGAUACCAUGCUGGUGCUUAGCUUUUGUUAAAAAGUCUGACAGGAAACUUAAGAGUUUCCUGUGCAGAGUUUCCCUCUGCUCUCAGGUUAAUAUUCAUCUUAAAAGUCAUCUCUGCAGAUGGGUUUUGAUAUAUUAAUGUUGGACUGUUUGGUGUUUUAUUUGUUUUUUUUUUGUUGUUGUUGUUGUUGAUUUGUUAAUUUGGGGAAGAAGUAGGGUGGUGAGACAUUUUGGUUUUCAACCGUUUCUUUUUAAGUCAUAUUCCUGAGACCCCAGUCCUCAGGCUGCAGCUUCAGCACCAGCUAGAGACUUGCUAGAAAUACAGAUAAAAAUAGGCCUCAUCCUGGCCUUAAAAAUUUGGGGCUGCUGCCUUAAUAGUGUAUGUUUUAAAAAGCUAGUUGUGUGAUUCUUGUGUUGGUUCAGUUGGUUCACUACCAUCUCCAAACUCCCAGUAAAAAGACUUUAGUUAGCAUUAUUAUCUGACUUUCAAAAAUGGUCUGUUUUAUCAUUGUGAGUUCUUCUGUAGAGACGGAUCAGAAAGAUUUCACAAAGCUUCAUGUCUUUCACCUGUUUCUAUUUUUCCUUGUCCAUUUACCUUGUUCUGGAAGAUUCACUUGAUCUCACUAAAUAACGUCAUGUUAAUUUCUAUUUGUGUUCUGGGCUGAACAGAAGCUCUGCCAGUGGACCCUAACUGGGCCUUUCUAGAACCUCAAGAGGUGCAUGGUAGGGCUCUGGCCAGUAAAUCCUAGAACAGAUCUCAGUUUAUAAAUUUAUAUACAAUCUUCCCCAUCUUUUCCUUGUUCCUCUACCUUUCAUCAGCAUCAUUGUGGUUUAUUUAUGUUAUUUGUUUUUACAAUGCGGAGGAGCAAACCCAGGGUUUCAAGUGUUCUACCACUGAGCCACACCUCAGCCAAUAGUCUUGGUAUUUUUUACCAUGCAAGAGAUUUCUGCAAAGGUGCCACAUGCUAGAAUCUCAGCUUUUUUUGUUUGUUUGUUUUUCAGAAAAGUACUAUUACUGUCCAUAUCUUAACAACAAGAUGACAGGUAGAAGAUUCUAGCAUACAAAAAAAAAACAAAGUUGAAUUUAAAAACAGUUUGUGGGAUAAGCUCACAAAUACCCAGCUCUAACAUCUAGUCAGUGUUCUUUAAGCUCCAGGUAUCUAAUGAAAAUUCUACCAUUUUGAUGUGGAGCCUCAAAAAAUUCCCCAUGCUAUUGAAGAAGAUUCUGGCAAGAGCUCUUCCUGUCCAGUUGCUCUCAGAAACUAGUCUUGUCCUAGGCCAAUGUUGAAAAGUAUUGGCCUGGAGCUAACUGUAGGCUCUAUAUCACAAGAGCCAUGCUAAUCUUCUCUGUAUUGUUCCAAUUUAGUAUGCGUGCAAAGUGAGUACUGAGCUCCAAACUAGGCUGUUCAAAGCAUCACCCUCCACUCACACCUGCGUGGCUAACACAUGAGCACGGAGCAUUCAUGAAAUCUCAUGGAAGGCCAGAGAGACCUGGGAUUUGGGAGCCAAUUUAGCUCACGAGAUUUUCCCCAGUUUUUAGUUUGAUUACAGACCAUGUUAACUUCUAAGGUUAUGGAGACCAGAGAGGCUUAUUCCUAUCUUAAGGUAUUCAAAUCCCCUGCAUUCAAUUUUUUGCCCUACUACUCGUAACAAACACAACUGAACCCUUGUUAGCAUCCAGGCUGGUUUGGACUUGACAGAUCUUCUGGAACAAGCAGAAGGAAAAGCUAAUUAGCAAUCAUUAACUGCUUAUGGUAGAAGUACAGAAGUGUAAAUAGCCAAAUGCAAAGAAGAGAGGUUUUAAAUAUUGGGCAGCCCAGAAAAGAGGAUUUGCCUGGCCACAAAUCUCUGUUCACAAGAUUUUCAAUUCCACUAUGGACUUCUCACUUUAAUGAUAUAUAUUAAAUAAUCUCUUCAAGUCUGUUACUUGCACUAUUCUUUCCAAUGUGAGGUAGGUGGUCUUAUGUCUGUUUUAAAGAUGAUGGUACUAUCCUCAAAUCAUUUAUGAUGUACAUCACUAAUAAGGCAUAGUGAGGCUCAAAUUGAAAUCCAACUUCACGUGAUCUCAGAGGCUGUGCUCCCAACUCCACACUAAACUAUCUUUAUGCAGAGUGCUAGCUACUUGUAGUAUUCAGUUAUGAGUGGACUUUAACCCAGAGAUAAAAGGUUUUAUAAUUUAAUUAUUUCAAGUUAAUUGCAAUUUGUCCCUCCAAAAUAUAUUUUGCAGUGUGAUGAUUUUAUUUUAGAGAGAGCUAAGUAAGUUUUGUGUGCCCUGCAGUUUUUAUACUUUGGUGACAGAGUUUCAUUCUUUUCCUUGGGAACUUAAAUACUUUUUAAAAAUUCUUAUUGCCAAGGUGAAAAGAUAAACCAUAUUCUGGCUUUAUGGUGGGAAAAGGAUGCAUAUAAGUAAUACUAAACAUGCAUUUGACCCAAACAUCCAGUUUCUGGCAAAGUUGAUCCAGUUAAUCUUUUCUUGCCUAGAAAGACAGAACCUGUGUGGUGGGGCUGGGGAUUAGCAUGUCCUUACUGAUGCCCCUAAGUCAGUGAGAUUCUGCAGUGGGAAAGUGAAGGAAGGGGACAGAUUCAUGGGGGCUCAGCCCAAACCUAGAGCAUGUCUGUGGGGCAUAUGAUGGACCUAUCCCGGAACUGGUGGAAUAAAGAGGUUCAUUUCUGUUUGAUUACAACUCAUGACAGAUUGAUAACUGCAAAGGCAUUCAUACUUGGGGGUUGCCCCCCUUCCCUUUAACACUACAGCUUGUGAGGCUAGUCUGCAUCUGGUGUUUGUUAGAUGACUGUGUUGCAUCAUCUUCCUGAUUGCUGGAGAACAUCUCCCAGCAUUCCAGCGACUGGAGAGAAGACUAUGGGGCACAAAAUGGCCUCAUCCGGUUUACAUCUUCGUUACUGUGCUUCUCACAUACCUGCUUACAUCUGGAAAAAAUCUUCAGGUAAACCUCUUGGGCUCUUUCUCUAAAGAGUAACUGUAAUUAUUAGGGCUAUACCCAAAUUCAGCUUAGAAUAGGUAUGCGGUUGAACUUCAGCCAAAAUCUUGUGCCUGACUAAAAGAGAUUUUCUUUCUUUCUUUCUUUUUUUAACAUCAGUUUCAUGGGAGGGCCUUUCCCCACACAUGGCCAUUGGGGUUCCUGAAUAUCUUUCCCGGUUUUGUAAUACAUUAAGGUAAAAGACACAGAGACUUCCCGACGAAAUGGAGAUUUUUUCAAAUCUUCACCUGUUUCUUUUCCUCAGUACUGUCCCAAAGUUUUAAUAUAGGUUGUAGAACAUUCCAGAUUUUACAGAUGCCAAGCCUUUUCUCUACUAAGCACUAUCACCCCCUUACAUGACUAAUCAUAUCAAAAAAAGAAAAGCAAAAGCCAAAAGCCCUACGAAUAAAGCCACCUGUGGUCUCUACACUAUUUUCUGCUUAGGCUCGUUGUAUGGUUGGGACUCAUCUGUUCAGCACACCUCCAUUAAAUUACCAGUGUCCCAGGCACUGCUAGACACAGGAAACCCAAAACUCAGACUCAGUGCUCACAGUUAGUUGGAUAAGCAAAUACGUAGCUAACCACACACAAUGUUGGCAUGUUGCCUAGGAUUAUACAAAAAUGUAAAUGAGGUGGACUGAGACGUGGAAAGAGAAUAAAUGAUCCUCCUAAAAAGGAAUAUAGCAGGACGAGUGGCAGUCAAAGAUUUCAUAUAGAGAUAAAAGAGAAGUAGAGUUUUGAAAAAUACAUAGUUUUUCAUGUGGAAGAAAGAACAAAGUGGUCUAGGAAGACACUUGGGGUCUUUAGGUAUCUUAAAUUGACUUUUGGUUAUUUUGAAAAGUUUUCUAAAAUCACACUAUAAAAUGCUAUCUCAUUCGCAUUUACUUUUAUAUUUAUAUUUAUGUGUAUGUGAGAGAGAGAGAGAGAGAGAGAGAGAGAGACAAAGAGAGAAAGAGGAAGAGGAGGACCUUAGAGCCUUCAGCAGUCAUUUUCUCUCUGCCCGAGGGCAGACCAUCCUCAGUUGAUCUCUAUUCUGCAACAUUUGCCAAACAGGCUUCUUGUCUCAAGGCUCUCUCUCUUCCUCCAGGUACUGCAGGACAGCCAGUAAUGGUCAUCUAGCCACAUCCCCUGUAGGCUGUGGUAAAAACCCACCAUACCCAAGCUUACGAACAGCCUUCAAAAGCAGGUCAAUAACAACCUGCCCUUUGCAGCCUUUGCCAGAUGUGAGAUGACAACUCAUUGUGGUUUUAAUUUUCAUUUCCCUACUGAUUAGUGAUGUUGAGAGCAUUUUGUCAUAGAUCUGUUGGCUAUUUGUAUGUCUUCUUUUGAGAAAUGUCUUCAAAUUCUGCCCAUUUUUAUUUUAAAGAGAAUAAAAAAACCAGAGCAGAACAAAGCAAAUUAGAACAGAACAAUGCAAGCAACACAGGACUUCAAAACAGGACAACAGGAAAUCAACAGUGGCUACUGUAAGAUCUCUUGUUUUCUUUGAAGUAGUUGUCCAUACCUUCACACAAUAAAAUCAACCAGAGCAAAAUAGUAUACAAUGAAUCAAACAAAAGAAUGAAAGCAUUAUGGGGAUUCAAAACAAAUCAAUACAAGAUCAACAAUGGCUACCAUAAUAUUUCUUGUUUUCUUCAAAAUAGCUGUCCAUACCUUCACACAUACUGAAAUCAAAUAAUAGAAAACAGACUAAAACUGAUCAAAACAAAAGAAUGAAAGUAUUACAGGACUUCAAAACAAGAUAAUAAGAAACCAACAAUGGUUACCAUAAUACAUCCUGUUAUCUUCAAAAUAGCUGCCCAUACCAUCAGACAUAGUAAAAUCUAACAAAAUAAGACAGAACAAACCAAAAAAUUGUGCAAAUGAUACAAGAGUUCAAGAUGAGACAAUAAGAAAUUAACAGUGGUUAUCAUCUUCCCCUGCUAGCUAUUUCCUCCUCUAUCACUUUCAUAAUAUCUAUUAUGCUUUUUGAAUCCCACUAAUUCCUUCUGUUUUUUAUGCUAGGGUUGGCCCACAUGAGUUCAAGCUGUUUCUCCCAUGAACAUGAUUGCCAGUUGCACCCAUGUACCUACAAGAGCCUUGAGAUUACCCUACUUUAUAGCUGGGUAGCUUUCCAUUGUAUGAAAAUACCAUUACCUUUCUUAUCCAUUCUGUAAUUGAUAGACAAGUUACCUUUGCUUUUUUCUGGUCUCCUGUCAUGAAGAACAAUUGUUUUCUCUCCUUUCAAUUUUACUCUAUAAAUUUCCUUUCAAGUUAAAUGUGUUUCUUGUAUGCAGUACAUUGAUGGAUCUUGUUUCUUUAUCCAUUCUCCCUGUGUUCUUUUUAUUGCUGAAUUGAGUCCAGAUACAUUAAUGGUAACAGCCAGAAUACACUGGUCUGUCUCUGUCCUGCCAUCCUCCUGCUGUUGGCCCUCCACUUUUCCUUUUCAUUCGGUUGCCUGUCCUGUUUGGUGAUCUAAUUCUGCUGCUGUUCCUGGAACCAUGGUCAUCUUUAUCUCUCUCUAAAAUAUCCUUCAGCACUCUGUAGGGUUGGUUUGGUGGUCAUGAAUUCCUUCAGUUGUUCUUUGUCAAGGAAAUACCUUAUUUUUCCAUCAGUUUGGAAAGAUAGUUUUUCAUGGUACAUCAAUCUGGGUUGGAAGUUGUUCUCUUUCAGGAUUUGAAACACUUUACUUCAAAUUCUUCUUGACUUGAUGGUUUAUGUUGACAAUUCUUCUGUGAUUCUGAUUGGUUUUCCUUUAUAGGUGAUCCAUUUCUUUCCUCUAACAGCUUUUAGUAUUUUGUUUUUGUGCUGAAUUCCUGGGAUCUUAAUUAUUGUAUGUGUGGGUGUAGAUUUUCUUUGGUUUUGGCUAGUUGGAGUUCUAUAUGCUUUGCUUAUGUGCAUGCCAGAUCCUUUUUCCAUGUUUGGAAAGUCUUCUUCUAUUACUACUGUAAAUAUCCUUUUUUUUUUUUUCAUUUUUGUGGAUCCCUGUUUCUUCACUGUUACCUACCACUCUGAAAUCAUUUCUCUUUGCAUCGUCUUUCAAUAGUUGAAUUGUUAUUUCCUGGUUCCUUGUUAUUUUUAGGAGAUCUUUCUUUUUGUGAUCACUAGCUACAAUUCUGUCUUCAAGAUCUGAAAGUCUAUCUUUCAAGCAGUUUUGCCAGCUUUCCAUUGACUUUUUAAUUUUCUGAAUGUCUCUUGAAUCUUUUUACGCAUUGUAAUUCCUUCCUCUAUUGUUCAUUUAAGGUUUCCAUCAUUUUCCUAUGCUCCUCUUUUUUUAAAAAACUGUGUAUUCUUUAGAUACGCUCAGCAAUUUUUUCAUGUUUGUGAUUUCUUCUUUUACAUGAGACAUUAUUUUACAGUUUCAUGAAGUUGUUUCUUUAGUUGCUAUGUUCUCCUCUGAAGUAUGUGACUUUCAGGUAUGUGACUUCCAUUUUCUUCUAUGACUAUAUCCCCAGACUUGUUCGGUGCUGGUUGGAAGUCUCAGAUUGCCCCUCUUUAGGGGCAUGGGAAUGGGACAGGCACCUGGGUCUCUCUGAACCCAGGUUCACAGGCAGGUAGCAGGGUAUGAGGCAGACUUCUCCAGACAUGUGCAGCUACACUGGGGCUUCCCUGAAGACCAGGGAUGUGUGAUGGUGGGGCUGCUUCUCUCAGCCUGCGUAUUUAUAGCAGGACUCCCACAAUGGUGGCAGGCACGCAGUAGUGUGUUUUUCUGAUUUUCCCAGUGGGUGCUCACUGCCCAAAAGAAGCAAGGGUCUCCAAUGGUAGCCUGCAGGUGCAUGGGGCUUACCUGACUGCAUGUCCCUGCCCAUGCUGGCUGCACAUAUGAAGUAAGCCAGUUAGCAGAAGCAGAUCUGGCUGGUCACCCUGGCUGAGCUGCCUCCAAUUUUUAAAUUGUAUUGUUUCAUUUCAUACCAUUGUUUGAGUUCCUUAUAUAUUUGGGAUAUUAGCCUCUUAUCAGGAUUAAUCAUUUAUUAGACAUGCAAAUUUUCUUUUGUUCUUCACUCUGUUAAUUAUUCCCUUUAUACAUAAUCUUUUUAUCUUGAUGUAAUCCCAUUUGCCUAUUAUUUUGCUUUUGUUGCCUGUGCUUUUGGUGUCAUAUUUUUAAAAAUCAUUUUCUGGGCCAGUAUAGUAUAGUUUUUCUCCUGUUUUGUUCCAAAGGUUUUACAACUCAGUUCUCUGUUUGAGCCUUUAAUUUACUGAGUUAUUUUUUGUAAAUGGCAUCAUAUUAGAGUCCAAUUUCUUUCUGCUGCAUAUGAAUAUAUUGCUUUCCCAUGACCAUUUGUUUGCAGGACACGUUAUCCUUUUCCAUAUAUAUAUAUGAUAUAUAUAUGUCAUAUGUAUGAAACCUUUUAUUUCUUUCUCUUGUCUAAUUACUUUGUCAAAUAUUUGUAAUUCUACGUGUGAAAAGAAAUGUUGAGAGUGAGUAUCCCUGUUUUAGAAUAGGAUUUCAGCUUUUCACUGUUGAGUAUAGUGUUAACUGUGGGUUUAUCACAUAUAACAUUUAUUCUGUUGAGAUAUAUUCCAUCUAUACCUAAUUUCUUGAACAUUUUUAUUAUACAUAGUUAUUAACUAUUGUCAAAUGCAAUUUUUACACCUAAUUGGAUGAUAUAUGUAGUCCUUCAUUCUGUGAAGGUGAUGUUAACUCAUCCUUUUUGCAUAUAUAAAAAUGUUUGUGUUCUACACUUGAUCUUAGCUAAAAGGCUGAGAAAUGAUUAGUAUUUCAGGAUAAAUAUUUACUUACACAUAGUGAAUACUCCAUUCAGUAUAUAACUAAAUUUGAUUGAAUAGCAUUUUGUUGAAGAUUUUCCCAUCUAUGUUUUUGAAAAUAAAUUGACCUGUAUUAUUCUUUUUUGCGAUAACUUCAUUUGACUUUGGCAUCAUGGUACAAGAGAAAAGAGGUUAGAAGUUCUUCCUCAGCUUCAGUUUUUGGGCAGAGUUUGUGAAAGGUUAGCAUUCAUUCUUUAAAUGUUUGGUAAAAGGGGCUGGGGAUUUAGCUCAGUGGCAUAAGCACCUGCCUUGCAAGCAGGCAGUCGAGAAUCCCUGGUACCGAUAAAAAGGAAAAAGACAAAAAAAAAAAAAAAAUGUUUGGUAAAAGUCACCAGGACCUGCAUUUUUCUUUGAUGGAAGGACAUUUUUUGUUGUUGCUGAAUUUAUUCUUUACUAGUAUGUUCAAUUUUUCUUAUUUCUUCAUGAUUCUGUCUUGUAGUUUGUAUAUGUAUAGGAAUUUGUUUCUCCUACUUAAUAUAAGCUUUUAGAAUGUAAUUGUCUCAUAAUUCUUGUCUUUCUGUUGUAUGAGUUGUAAUGUCUCUUUUUACAUUUCUGGUUUUAAUUGAGUACACUUUUUAGUGUAAUUAUUUUGUACAUUUUGUUUGUUUUCCAAAAAACUCAAUUUUUUUUUAUUUUUACAGCAUGUUAUUUUUUUCUAUUUUGUUUAUUUUACUCUGAUAUUUUUUUUCUUCUGCUAACAUUGCGCUUAGUUUUUCUUUUUUUUCCAGUAUCAAAAUAUAAUAAAUGUUUUUUUCUUUUUGAUGUGUUUAUGGUCAUUAGCUUUUCUCUUAGAACUGAUUUAGCUACCUUCUAUAAAUUUUUAGUGUGUUUUAAUUUUCAGUUGUUUCAAGUUGUUGUCCAAUUUCAAAUUUCUCUUUAACUUCAUCUUUCACCGAUUGGUUGUUUAGGCCUGUGUUCAAUUUUCUAAUACUUACACAUUUUCCCAGAUUUCUCCUUACUGAUUUCUAGGUCCAUACCAUUGCAGUUGGAAAUACUUUAUAUGAUUUAAAUCUUCUUAAAUUUGCUAGGAUUUGUCUUUUAGCCUGUGCAUGAUCUGUGUGUGCUUAAGAAGGCCUUUUUUCUUUUUUUUUUUUUUUUCUUUUUUCUUUUUUGCACUGAAAAUAGAAUCCCUGACCUCAUGCUUGCCAGACAGGUGCUGUGCCACUGAGUUAUACUCUUGGCCAGCACGUGUAUUUUGUCACUGUUGGAUAAAAUGUUUUGUAAAUGUUUGUUGGGCUUAUUUCAUAUUAAGUGUUAUUCAUGUCAAACUUUUCUUCAUUAGUAUCUCAUCUGAAUGAUCUAUCAUUGAAAUUAGGAUAAUGAAUCCCCCUACUAUUACAGUAUUACAAUUUAUCUUUCCAUUCAAAUCCUUUAACAGUUACUUCAUAUACUUAGAUAUGCUGAUAUUGGGUGCAUAUAUGUUUAUAAUUAGUAUAUGUUCUUGAUUUAUUGACCCUUUAUCAUUAUAUAAUGUCAUUUUUUUUAUCUUUUCACUUGAGUUAUAUUUACUUUGAUAUUUGUAUAGCUAAGUCUGUUCUCUCUUGGUUUCCAUUUACAUGGGAUAUUUUUUGAUAUCAUUACUUUCAUUUUAAUUAUGAAGUGAGUUUUUUUAUAAAUACCAUAGUACCAUAGAGGUAGGUCCUUUAUUUUUUUUUUUUUAUCCAUUCAGUCACUAUGACUUUAGAUUGGAGGAUUUAAUUCAUUUACAUUCAAACUAAUUAUUGAGUAGAAAGGACUUAACCACUGUCAUUUUGUCCAUUGUUUUCUAUUGGUUCUGCAGAUUCUUUUUUUCUGUCUUCCUUAUCUUGCUGCCUUCCUUUGUAGUUGUGGUGGCAUGCUUUGAAUUCUAUUUUUAUUUAUUCAGACUACCAUAGGUUUUUGCCUUGUAGUUAUAAUGGGGUGCAUUAGGUAGUUUUCUGACACAAAAUACCUGACUCCCAUUACUUAGGAAAUGAUUUAUUUGGCUCAUGAUUUCAGAGGAUUCAGUCCAUGGUAAGCUGACCGCAAAGCAGAAAUAUCAUGGCAGAAGUUACUAUCAGAGGAAUGCUGCUUACCUCAUAGUGGCUAGGAAACAGAUCAGGGGAAUAGCAGAAGAGAAGUAUCCAAGGACUAGAUAGAGUACUUACAGUUACACCUCCAAUGACCCACAUAGACACACCCAGAGGCAUGCUUUAAUAAUUUCUUAGUUUGCUCUCAGGCCAAUUAAGCUAAUAGCAGCUUAACUGUUACAUUCUAUCUACUCCCUGAUAUGCAAAUACAUCUUCUUAAACCAUACUUAUCCCCAAAUAAAGACAAAAAAUCAUACUCCUACCUAACAUGAUAAAACUAUCUUGUGUCUAACCAAAAAACACAAUUGAUUUAUGAAGUUUGAACAGUUAUAGCAUUGCUCAAAAGUCCAGGUCAAAGUCUUCUCUAAGACUAAAGACAAACUUUUAGCUGUGAACCCCUGUAACAAUUGAAAGGCAGGUUACACGAUCCCAAUGUACAAUGGUAUAAAGCAGUGGUAACAUCAUGAUAAAAUGGGAGUCCUGGAAGAUUUGAGUGACCCACUCCUAUAGCUUUGCUGGUUAUAACACACAUGACCACCAUCUCUGUCUGGCUGUGUUCAUUUCCUGUGACUUUCCUUGGCAGACAUUCUAUGUUCCUGGUAUACUUGACUUCCUGGAGUCUCCGCUACACUUUCAGCUUCAUUCCUACAGAUACAUGCACCAAUAUCACAGCAGUACAUAGCUUGAACUCCCAGGCCUUCCUUUUAAAUCUGUAGUAAAAGCCUCCAUGAUCCCAUGACUCUUAUAUUCAUCAUACCUGAACAACCAGCAUCACAUAGAUAACACCAAGGUCUGAUGCCAGAGCAACCAUUAGCCAGCCCUCUUAAACCCUGGCUUCAAUGGCCUUUGGCUGCCUGGAAGUAAAUACUGGGAAUCACUUCCUUAGAUAUCCUUGCUAUAGAAGCAUCUUUCUUUUUAAAGGAAAUAUUUGUAUCUUACAACCUUAAGCCUGCAGUGGGUAGUGUCUUGCUGUAUUUCUGAGAAUCUUCUCUCCUUUCUUAAUAACUGAUUUCUGUUUGAUGUUUCUACUCUUUUUAGAACUAUACCUCCUUUGGCCCCAGUUUCACACAUGGUUCUUUUGGGGCUCAAACAUAAGUUUUUGAAAUCUUUCUGCUUUAUUUUAAUCAGCAUUCUGGUCUUCUAAGCUCUAGGCAAAACUAGCCAUUAGGCUUUGUAUACAGCAUUCAAAGACCUUUCUAACCUACAUCUCCAAACCUUGCCAAAUUCCUCCUCAUGGCUUCUGAACCACAUAGUUAUGAUCAUUGAACUUUUCUUAUAUUAGUCAGUUUUCCCAUUGUUGGUAAAAAUACCUGACAUCUACAACUUAAAGAGGAGAGAUUUAUUUGAUUCAAUAUUUCAGAGGGUUCAGACCAUAUAUGUCUUGCUAUAAAGCAGAAACAUCAUGAUGGAAGGUCUAGGUAGGAAAAGCUGUUGACCUCAUAGAGGUUGGUAUUCAGAUCACAAGAAUAGCAUGAAAGUGGAAGGGUCCAAAUACCAGGCUACUCAAGGUCAUUCCUCCAUGACGCACCUAUAUAUGCUUCAAAAUGUGCAUUUCUAAUCUCCUAAAUAUCUGUCAAUCAAGUUGACCAUCCAGCUUGACUGUCACAUUAAACUUACAAAGGACAUUUUAAAACAUUUUAUUUCAAGUUGAUAACAACUUUGAAUAUAUUAUUGUUUUGCUUUUCUUCCCUCAUUUGCUCAUCCCAUGAUUUUGAUACCAGAAUUUAUAUCAUUUUGUAAUUUGCAUUCCUUGACAAUUUUUGCAGCAACAGUUGCUAUUAACAUUUCUUUUAUCCUUUUUAAAGACAAAAUUGCUUUACAUACCACUACUAAAUUCCUAAAUUUUUUAUGAAUAUUUAUUACUUGUACCAUUGAGUUUUGUGCUUUUGUUGUAUUCAUGUUAUUAAUUAGCGGCAUUUUGCUUUUGUUUAAAUAAAUUCCUUUAGCAAAUCCUGUAAGACAGGCUUGUGAACUGGAGGAAAACUGUCUCAUAGAGAACAGAGUAAGACAAACAGGAACACAUCUCAAAGAAAUACAAUGCAGAGCGAUUCCAGUGAUAAGACAGAAAUGGAGAUCCCCAGACUUCAUUAUUCUUUAUGGAUAAUUCAACUAGCAACUAAUCACAGAUAAGAACACUUUUUGUAAAAACAUCUAACAUUAGUAAUAAGCCUGAGUCAACUAUGUGGCCCAUAGAACAGAGUAGCAAUUAUAUGGAAAAAGUAAGAGAAGCCGUCUCACUUUGACUGUGUUACCCCUUCCUCAGAGUCAGUACAGUGUUACACCGUCGUCUAGAGUUUCUGCUGAAGGAAAUGAGAACUGGAGGUGCAUAUCCAGCUCCUACAGUGUGCCCAGACUCUUCUCAGUAAGCCCAUUUGCUUCUCAUCUCAAAGAGAGCACAGGGGAAAUGGUGUGCUGAGACCCCCUGAUGUCAGGUAGAAAGCAAAAGCAAAGAUCUAAUAUUAACACACACACACACACACACACACACACACACACACACACACACAGGGGGGGCAGUUUGAGACCUACACAGGGGCACCACUUGUGGAAGGAGAUGACCUCCACAAUUUAAAUUAUCUGGCUUCCUGGUGGAUUUUAAGAUAGCGAGAAUGAAUCCUUUUUAUUAAUCUUAUAUGUCCAACUAUGCAACCACUUUGGAAAAUAAUUUUUCCCUUUCUAGAAAAAGUUCUCCUAUCUUUUUCUGUCCCUGGCUAUGGAAUCUUUGUGGUAAAAUUGCUCUAGAAUGUGCCUUCCCUUCCCUACUCUGGAGUUGAAGGAUGAGUGGAUAAUGUCACUAAAUGUAGUGGGUCAUGAAGGGAAUUUGAUAGUCUUUGCUUUUCCUUAUGUAGAUAUAUGUAUAUUAAAACUUAUAAAGUAAUAUCUAGAAAUAAACUAAUAUAUAUUUAAGUCUUGAAGGUGGACAUUAAUUCAUGAAUCAAUUUAAAAAUUAGACGAAUCAUGGAAGCAGCCUAUUGCCCAUCAACAGAUAAAUGUAUAAAGAAACUUGCAUUCAUAUACAAGGAAAUAUUACUUUGUCAUAAAGAAAGAUAAAUGAGUCAUUUGUAGGAAAACAGAUGCAGCUUGAGACUGCAGUGUUAAAUGGAAUAAGUCAGACACACAAGCUUAAAUAUUACAUGGUUUCUAUUACAUAAGAAAUUAAAAUAUAAAUGAAGUGCAAAGUAAAGGAAGCUAAUAGGAAAUAGGUAAGUCUCGUUUCCCAAAUGAGAAAGAGAUCCAUAGAAGGAAGGAGGUGUGAGGAGAGGAAGGAAAAGAAAUGAAAAAAGAAUUAAAAUGUGUAAUGUAUAUGCACUGAGUCUUCACAAAGAACAUAGUAACCAUGUACUGCAAAGUAUAUUAAUUUAAAAAAUAAAAAAAAUUGUAGCAAUAUCCACACCUUCACAUUUUAUCUACGUGUGUGCUAUGCUUUUCUCAGUUUUCCUGCUCCAAUAGUUAACUGAACAGCUCAUCACUUUACUUUUAAAAAAUAGUAAGUAGUUGUAUAAUGUACGUAAGUGAUCAUCAAAGAUGUAUCAGGUAACUUUUCUUAAUUUUGUGCUUUAAAUGGUAUCAUGCUGUGUACUGUCAUCUGUGACUUACUAUUUUUAUUCAACAUUUUCUGAUUCAUUCAUCUUGUUUAUGACAAUACUUCAUUUUAUAAUUGUAUACUAUAUUUCUUUGUGUGUUAUAUCACAAUUUUUAAUAGAUGUUUCUGCAAAUAGACAAUUGGAAUUUUUCCAGUUUUCAUUAUGACACUCACUGUUAUAUAAAGUUUUAUUGUGCAUGACUCCUAGUAUCCAGGUUAAGAUUAAUGUUCUAUUACUGUUUUAACGAAGUAUCACAAAUUUAGUGGCUUAAACAGUGAAACUUCAUUUUCCUACAGUUCUGUAAGUCAGCCUCCAACAUGAAAUUUAGUAGGCUAAAAAUGUGAUCAGUUCUAUACUCCUUUUGCAGAUGCAAAGAGGGAAUAGGAAUCCAUACGUAUCAUUGCUUUCUCCAUCACCUAGAAAUCAUUCUUUUUGCAUAUAGCCCCUUCAUUUUAUUUUUUAUUUUUAUUAGUAGUACAUAUUUGCAGCACAUAUAAUAACUACGGUUUUCGGGGGGAUUGGUACAUGUGCAUAACACAUCUUAAUUAUAUUUUGCAUUCCUUUACCCUUUCCACCCUACUCCCCAACCUCCUUUGUUUUAGAAAGAGCAACCCUGCAUCAGAUUCUUCCCGCACUGGCAUCUCUCUGACCACUGCUAUGAGAAAAUGUUCUCAGAUUUUAAGGACCCAUUUGGUUAUUCAGGGCUCAUCCAGAAAAUCCAGGAAUAUUUUUCCAUCUCAAAAUCCAUCACUUUUAGUCAUAUCUGCAAGAUCCAUUCAGUUAUGGAAGGGAGAAUAUUUAUAGAUCCUCGGAAUUGGAACAUGGACAUCUUAGGAUGUCUUUCAUAAUGUGCAAGAGUUUCUACAAGUCACAUCCCUAAGAAUGAAAAUACUGUUUCAUAGUCUAUGUGCUUUUUCAAUUUUGACAAGAAUGACAAAUAGUUAUUCCAAAGAGAUUAAAACAGUUUAUAUUUCUAGUGACAAUAUAUAGGAAUCUUUGUAUCUUUUUGUCAAUUAUUUGUAUGAUUAGACAUCUUUAUUUUUGACAAUCUGUCAGGGUUUUGUUUUUUGUUUUUGGGUUUUUUUGUUUGUUUUGCUUUUUUGUUGUUGUUUUUGUCUUUUUGAGACAGGGUCUCACUAUGAGGCUCAGGUUGGCCUUGAGCUCACUUUGUAGCCCAGGCUGGUCUCAAACUUGCAGAGAUUCCCUUACCUCAAAGGCAUAUUAAGUUUGACUUCAAGUUUCCUCAUCACUAAUGAUACAGAGCAUCAUUUCCUAUUGAUGUUUCCUUGCACUGUGAAAAGUCCCUAUCUAUAUUGUUUGAUCUUCUUUUGGUAUUAACUAACAUAUAAAAAGACUUCCUUGUAGAUAUUCUUCUUUUUGAAGGUUAUAUGUGUGGCAGUACAUUUCUCUCAGCUUACUGCAUUUUUUUUUCUUUAUACUGACUUAUAUACUUUGCUUCUGGGGAACAGUAAUUCUACAUUUUAACAUAGUUUGAAUUUAUCAAUAUUUUCUUCCAUAAUUUUCAUUUUAAAAAUUAUACUAUAUUUGCAAGAACGAUUAACACGUUUAUUAAUAGAAAUUUUUGUCUUUGUCCUUACUUUUUGCCACUAAGAGUGUUGCUGUAAGUUUAUCUUUUUUAUGAACAUCCACUUUUUAUUUUAUUUCUUUUCUUCUUCUUCUUCUUUUUUAACUUCUAUUAGUACAUGUUUGCAGUUACCCUUCAUUUCUGCCUUUCCCUCACCCCAGGUUUACUUUUCUAGCAUUUAUUUCUUUUAUAACUUUCUUAUAAAGUUAAUUAUCAUAUAUACAGAUUAAAAACCAGACCAAGAGGUCAAAUGACAUAUAAAAAUAUAGACAAUAGUACUAAGUCAAGAUAUGCUUUCAGCUUUAUUGUGGGCCCUAGAUUACAAUACUUUUGUUUUUCUUUCUGUGUUUUCAUAUUGUCUUUUUCAUUAUACACGUAAAGAUAUGUUUUUGUAUAAGAGAAACCAUGCAAUAUUUAAGCUUGUGUGUCUAAAUUACUUCACUUAACAUUAUGGUCUCAAGAUGUAUCCAUUUUCUCUUUUUUAUCUCUUUUUUUUGUUAAUAGUUUUUAUUUUUAUUAUCAUGAACUCUUGAAUUUUAUUCAAUUAUCCAUGUUGAAAUGAUGAUAAUCAUUUCUAGUUUUAAGGAACUUUUGGUCAUUUACACUUACAGGUUUUGUAAAGUAAAUUUUGGUUGGGUGUAAUGAAUGCCUUAGUAUUUUGGCUGGGAUUUUGGUAUUGGGGUUCAUGAGUAUGAUUGCUGUAUAAUUUUUCCUUUCUGCCCUAAGCUGGUUUUGGCAUUGCAGUAUAUUGGUCUCAUACAAUUGAUUAAGUAAGGCAGUUUUUCCUUACUUCUCACUGCUCCAGAAAUUUUUAUAUUAGGCCAUAAUAAUUUGCUUCUUCCAAGUUUGCUAGCUUUUGUAUAGAAUAAUUAUUUGUGCCUAAUGUUUCUUUUUUUUAGUUUUUUUUUAAUUUUGAAAGUAGUAAAAUACAAUAGAACAAGACAGAAUAAAGCCAACUGAGAUCGUGUAGUGAAAUUGGUACAGAACUUUACAGCAGGUUUACAGGGAUAACAGUAACAGGUAUCACAGUAUAUUUCGUUAUCUUUACAAGAGUUGUUCUUUUAAUCAUAUAUAUAAAUAAAAUGAAACAGAACAUUAUAGAACUUAUCAAAACAGAAUAUUGAAUAGAUCAGUAUCAUUAAUCAGAAUAAAGCAAAACAGUAAUAAAAAUAUUUGCCUUCAAAAAGAUGGUAGAAGGAAAUCCGCCUUAUUUGCUACGGUCAGUCACCCAAGAGAUGCUCAGAUUUCUGGUUCCCAUUUGCUAACGGGGACAGAGGAAAGGGGGGUAGGGAAGUGGGAUGUUUGACUCUAGGCCGUGCACCAGUAGGUUCACUAUUGCUUACCAGGGGGGCAGGCUGGUUGCUUGGUUUCCGAGCAUCCUAAGUUCCACCCAUAGUGUGGAUUUCAGAAGCCCUGGUGGUUCUCCCCCGGAAGGGUCGCGGUCUGCCACACCGUAGCCACUUACUAUGGAGGGGAGCUGCUUGCUUGGUUUCCCAGUGUCCUAGUGCCUAACGUUUCUUUGUAGAGUAUUUUUACUGAUUUUAUUACUUCAGUAGUUUUAUUUCUUCCUAUGUGCUUAAGAAAAAUGUAUGUUCUAAUUUCUUAUUCUAUGAUACAUAUUUAUAUCAUUCAGUUCUAUAUCUUUAUUAUUUUUUUCCUGUUUGAGCUAAAUAGUUGAUAGCAAUAGUUUGAUAAUAUCUCCCUGUAGCUCUCUUUUUAAAUUUUUGUGUAUAUGAGACUAAUUUUUAGUGACAUAAAUGUAGAAUAAUUAUGUCUAAUGAACUGAACGUCAUGUGUAGUGAUCUUUUUUAUCUUUUGCAAUGGUUUUAGUUAGUAUCUAUUUUUGCUUGAUACAAUAUAGAUAUUUGAUGUCUAAUUUUUCAUAGAUAAAUAUAUACACACCCUUAGCUUUAUUAACAUAUAAUAUUUUAUGUAUUAUGUACAAUAUUUAUUUAUGUAUACUUUAUUAUGAAAUAAUAAAGUCAAGAUAAUUAUGUAUAUCAUCUCACAAACUUAUUGUGUGUGUACAUUAUAUGUGCUUGAGAACAUUUAAGACCUACUCUACUACUAGGUUUCAAGUAUACAAUAUAUUAUUAACUAUUGUCACCAUGCUGUACAGUAGAUCUGCAGAACUGAUUCAUACUAAUGGAAACUUUCUGCUUUCUGAAUAAUACAGGCCAGUGCCCGUCUCCCACACCUCAUCCUGGCAACCAUGGUUUGUACUCUUUGUUUCUAUGAGUUUAACUUUGUUAGAGUCUGUAUUCAUACAUACAGUCUACAUACAUAGAUUUUGGAAUAUUUGUCUUUUUGUGUCUGGCCAUGUUUUACUUAGCAUAAUGUCUUCAAUAUUCAUCUAUGUUGUUGAAAAUGACAAAAUUUCCAUCUUUUGUAUGCCACACUUGUACAUCUAUUCAUGUAACAAGGGACAUUUGAAUUGAUUCUAUAUCUUGGCUACUGUAAAUAAUGCUGUAAUAAACAUGGAAGUGCAGGUGUAUCUUUGACAUAUUGAUUUCAUUACUUUGGAUAUAUACCGAGAAGUGAAACUGCUAAGUCAUGUGGUCAUCUUAUUUUUAAUUUUUUUCAGGAAAUUCUAUUGAGUGUGCAGAAGAUUUUUAGUUUGACGCAAUAUCAUUUGUCUAGUUUUACUUUUGUUGCCUGUGCUUUGAAUGACAUGUCCAAAAACAAUCAUUGUUUCAACUAAUUCUAUUCUUCAGUUUGCUUAAUAUUAUUUCUUGAAGGACUGUUUUUCUCUGCACACUUUUGAAAUCAAUUGAUUAUAAAUGUAUAGAUUUAUUCCUGGACUCCUAAUUCUUUCCAUUGAGUUUUUAAAUUAAGUUUACCAGUACGUUUUAGUUAUAUAUAAAGAUCACAUUCAUCACAAGGAAUUUGUGCCUGUACAUGGUAUAACUUGAUUCUUUUUUUUACCCGUUCACCUACCCUCCCUUCAACUCCUCCUCUCCUAUUUAUUUACAAAAGCUUUGUUUCUACUUUAUCCUUUUCUCGUCUUUUUCUUUUCCCUUUCUUUUUUUUUUUUUUUUUUUUUUAAGAGACAGGGUCUCACUAUAUUGCCCAGGCUGGAGUGCAGUGGCUAUUCACAGGCGCGAUCCCACUACUGAUCAGCACGGGAGUUUUGACCUGCUCCGUUUCCGACCUGGGCCGGUUCACCCCUCCUUAGGCAACCUGGUGGUCCCCCGCUCCCGGGAGGUCACCAUAUUGAUGCCGAACUUAGUGCGGACACCCGAUCGGCAUAGCGCACUGCAGCCCAGAA